CAAACAAUAUAUAUAUAUAUAUAUAUAUAUAUAUAUACAGUGAGAAUUUAUCAAAAAAACACACACACACACACACUCACACGCACAUACAUCCACUGAUAAAUACGUACGUUCUUGCAUACAGUCACUAUACAAAUAUAAACCUAUUACUAUAUCUAUUUCUUUAUUAAUAUUUAACAGAAGCUGGUUCAAGGUCCGAGAGUUUCAUGCGUUAGCACUGAUCAAAAAUAGUUUUAUAUAGCCAAGCGUUGACUUCAUUACCUACAAAAAUGUCGAGGCAUGUACUAAAAGAACGUCUGAUUGUCGCCGAAGAAGCCCGUACGCACGACAAUAUAUAUGACCCAGUUUACACUGUCAGUGGGGAGAGGGACCACAAGAAGUCACUGUACAAAUCUUUCUUCACAGACUCUAAGCUGAAAUCGGUACCAAACUACAAUAAUAUGUACAGCGAGAUGCGUCACUAUCCACAUCGCACGAUACAGUAUGAAACAGUGGACCCUAUCCCUCUAUUUAUACCGAGGCAGUGGAGUGGUAUUAAGAACAGAGACCCAGAACCACAAGUCCAAGGAGCUGACCGAUGGAAAUUCUUUCACAGACCUCUGAUACCGUUUCUGUUUCCUGCAACUGCAGAAAUAAUCUUUACUAAGGCCAGACCCGGUAAAUUCUUAAUUCCUGAAUCGGAAUUUGAAGAGAUCAAAUAUGCAGCCCCUAUGGCAAAACAUGUCCAAGUUCAAACCGAUUAUCGUGAUGCUGAUGUGCAAACUGACCCCUACAGCCCUGAAUAUGUGGUUAGACCUGGAUCACAGCCGGAAAUACUCACUUUGGCUACACUGUGCUGGGACCAGGGUCUACCAGCAGGACUUGCCGAAGUCGAAAUGAUAGAAAGGGCACGCGCAAAACGAGAAUGGGAGAAGAAUUUGCCCUCCCUAAAUGAUCCAACCCAAAUUGAGAAACGAAGGAAGAUGAUGGAAGCGAUGGAGCUCAAGGAAUGGCUCAUUCGAGAGAAAGCCAUUGAAGUACUUCAGGGCAAACAUCUGAAAGUUCUGAAGAAACUGUUAAAGGAAAGAGAGGAGAGACAGCAAGAUAUCGACAAGAAAAGACUUGAUAAAAUCUGGGCAGCGAAACAGAAAGAGAAGAAGAAAUUAUUCCGAAAAAUUCGGCUGGAUCACGUCAAAGACCUUCGAAAACUACAUAAAAGAAUGUCAAAGGUCGGCAAGAAGUAUGAAAGGCGGGACAUCAUCAAGGACUAUGCAGAUUAUGGCUCAAACUCUUUUGCUCCGUUGACACGUAAUGGAGUGUUCCCCGAUGAGAUGCAGGACAAAUAUAUUGUGGAUAGCACCUUCCUGAACACCUACGAAGGUCUAGUGGAGCUGGAAACCGCACUCCCCUUAAAUGUCACCCACCCCGUGAUCAAAAUUCCAACUGAAAAAAACAAGAGGAUCGGAACUUAUGUGAAACGAAGGUAUAAACGAGAAUUUUACCUGGAAGAGAUACACGAGAAACUGAAAGCUGCGAAGACCCAAGGAAAGCCAGUGAAGAAACCAUUGAAGUACCUGCAGAAAGUGAUUAAACCACCCCCACGGCCAGCCACGCCCUCGGUCAUACCAAUAGGGAAGGAAGAGGAAAACAGAGAGCUGGCUGUUAUCUUCCUGCAGCAACUACUAAGAGGAAGGGCUACCCACAAAAUGAUGAUGGAUGGUAAAAAUGAACGAAUUGACUUGAUAUUGGAGCUACAGUCCACACAUGCCCUCCAAGAAGACAAACAGCGGAUCAAAGACCUACAACGGGAAGCAACGCUAAACUUGCAAAGACAGAAGUUUGUGUACGAUCACCAGGAAAACUUGAUUGACAGCGUCAUGAGCCAAGUAGAAGGUCACACCAUAGGGAGCAUGUUUGACUUCUUAAGCAAAGAACUUAUUCGCAUGCAAGAGGAACGGAGGGUCAAAGCCUUUUCCAUUCUUGCAGAACGUGUACGAAGAAUGAGGGAAGCAGAAGAGAGCGGGAGACGACAACUUGAGGAGAGGAUGCGGCGUGAAUCAGAUGAAAUAUUUAAGCAGGUAAUCAAGGUCCACCAGGUGAGCGUUGACGCCUAUCUCGAAGAUAUAAUCAUGAGUUCCUUAGAAGAAACUGCAGAGAUCAAGUCUCGCAAGGAAAUACAAGAACUGGCUGAGAAGGUUUGUGACAUGGCAUAUGAAAUGGAAGACAAACGCACUGAACUUGAAAGUGAAGAGAUAGUCGGAGAUUUGAUCCAUAAUUUCCUGCUUCCAGAUGUCCAGAAAGAACUCCUUAGAGAAAAAGUGAAACAGAAGCAGAGCAAAUAUUUACUGGCUGCCAGCAAAGAGGUACAUGAAGGCACUUACAAAGCAAUAAAUAAGGAAAAAGAUCCAGAAGAAUAAUGCACACGCACACAGGCGCAGAAGCAAACACAUACAUACAUACAUACGCACACAUACAUAUACAUAUAUACACAAUCACACAUACACACAUGUCGAUAAAUGCAUAUAUAUUUGAACACACGCACACACGCAGACACACAUACACACACACAUACAUGCAUUACAUGUAAACAUGCACAUUCACAUGUAGUUAUGAAUAUAUUUUUUUGCGUACAUGAUCUUUAUAUACCCUACAUUACAUGUGAAUAAAAAUAAUUUCAUUGCUAGCU